GCGGGUGGCCCAGGCGCUCGCCCCGUUACCUGGAGCGGGGAGGGGCUUGGGAAAGUUUGUGUUUGUAGCUGGCAGAGCGCCGGAUGGGAGGCGCGGGCGGGCGGGCGGGCGGGCGGCGCUGCGGUUCUUCCCUUUUGCUGUCGGGAAGCGGUCGGGGCUGCGCGCUCGGCUGGGCUGGCGGCUCGCGGCGCGCGGGUCCCGGUGCCCGGCGGCUGCGGGAGGGCGGGGGCGGCGGCGGCGGGCAGCGGGCGGGGGCCGGGCUCGGGCGCGGCGGCCCCAGCGCUGGGAUUUGUCGGCUCGCGAGGAGAGCGGAGCAGGCGCGCGGCCCAGCGGAGGAGCGCGGACUCUGGAGCAGCCGGAGCUGGAGGAGGAGGAGCGGCGGCGGGAAGGAGGAGGAGGGGGAGAGUCGCUCCCGCCCGGCGGGCGAGCAUGGGACGCCUGGCGCCGAGGCCGCUGCUGCUGGCGCUCCUGUCGCUGGCUGUCUGCCGAGGGCGUGUGGUGAGAGUCCCCACAGGGACCCUGGUGCGGGUAGUGGGCACCGAACUGGUGAUCCCCUGCAAUGUCAGUGACUAUGACGGCCCCAGUGAGCAAAACUUCGACUGGAGCUUCUCGCCUUUGGGGAGCAGCUAUGUGGAGCUGGCCAGUACAUGGGAGGCGGGCUUCCCUGCGCCACAGUACCGGGAACGCCUGCAGAGGGGUGAGAUCCUGCUGCGGAGAACUUCCAAUGAUGCUGUGGAGCUGCACAUCCAAAACGUGCAGCCCUCCGACCAAGGCUACUACAAAUGUUCCACCCCCAGCACAGACGCCACCGUUCAGGGCAACUAUGAGGAUACAGUGCAGAUUAAAGUGUUGGCGGAUGCCUUGCAUCUGGGCGCCAGCCCACAGUCCUCCCGGAGCUUGAGCCUGCGCGAGGGUGAGCCCUUCGAGCUUCGCUGCUCAGCAUCCACUGCCUCCCCGUUGCACACGCACCUGGCGCUGCUGUGGGAGCUGCAGCGUGGCCCUUCUCGGCGCAGUGUGCUCUCCCUGACCCAUGAGGGCAAAUUCCAUGCAGGUCCAGGCUACGAGCAGCGCUACCACUCUGGAGACGUGCGCCUGGACACUGUGGGCAGCAACGGCUACCUGCUUUCUGUGUCCCGCGCACUGUCCGCCGACCAGGGUUCCUACAGGUGUGUGGUCAGCGAGUGGAUCGGGGAGCGGGGCAUCUGGCAAGAAAUUCAGGAGAAAGCUGUGGAGGUGGCCACUGUGGUGAUCCAGCCUACAGCUCUCCGUGCUGCCGUGUCCAGGAAUCUGUCUGUGGCUGAAGGAAAGGAACUAGACCUGCCCUGCAACAUCACAACAGACCGAGCAGAUGACUUGCAAGUGGAGGUGACGUGGUACUUCAGCAGGAUACCUGACAGCACCUUGCCUGGUGCCCACAUGCUGGCCCGACUGGACCGAAACUCCCUGGUGCACAGCUCGGCUCAUGUUGCUCUGAGCCACCCUGACGCACGCUCCUACCAUCUGCUGCUCCGAGAUGCUAGCAAAGAGAACUCUGGCUACUAUUACUGCCACGUGGCACUCUGGGUACCCGGGCACAACAGGAGCUGGCACAAGGUGGCAGAGACCACAUCUGUCCCAACCAGAGUAGAUGUGGCCAGGCUGGAACCAGACUAUCAGGUGUACCUGAAUGCUUCUAAGGUGCCUGAGUUUUCCGAUGACCUUACAGAGCUGGAGUGUCGGGUUGUCAAUGCCAGGAACACAGAGGCAGGUGUCCGCUUCACAGUGUCCUGGUAUUAUCGCAUGAACCGGCACAGUGACGACGUGGUGGUCAAUGAGCUGCUCGCGGUCAUGAAUGGGGACUGGACGCUGAAGUACGGCGAGAAGAGCAAGCAGCGCGCCCAGGAUGGAGACUUCAUUUUCUCUAAGGAGCACACGGACACAUUCAGUUUCCGAAUCCAAAGGACUACGGAGGAAGACCGGGGCAAUUAUUACUGUGAGGUGUCGGCAUGGACCAAACAGCGGAACAAUAGCUGGGUGAAGAGCAAGGACGUAUUCUCCAAACCUGUUACUAUAUUCUGGGCAUCAGAAGAUUCAGUGCUUGUGGUGAAGGCCAGGCAGCCAAAGCCUUUCUUUGCUGCAGGAAAUACCUUCGAGAUGACUUGUAAAGUAUCUUCUAAGAAUAUCAAGUCACCACGGUACUCUGUGCUCAUCACAGCCGAGAAGCCUGUGGGGGACCUCUCGAGUGCCAACGAGACCAAGUAUAUCAUUUCCUUGGACCAGGAUUCAGUGGUGAAGCUGGAGAACUGGACCGAUGCAUCACGAGUGGACGGCGUAGUGUUAGAGAAAGUACAGGAAGAUGAGUUUCGUUACCGGAUGUACCAAACUCAGGUCUCAGAUGCAGGGCUGUACCGCUGCAUGGUGACAGCCUGGUCUCCUGUCAGAGGGAGCCUGUGGCGAGAAGCUGCGACCAGCCUCUCCAAUCCUAUUGAGAUUGACUUCCAAACCUCAGGUCCUGUGUUUAAUGCCUCUGUGCACUCAGACACGCCAUCGGUCAUCCGGGGAGAUCUUAUCAAGCUUUUCUGUAUCAUCACUGUGGACGGGGCAGCCUUGGAUCCAGACGACAUGGCUUUUGACGUGUCCUGGUUUGCAGUACACUCCUUUGGCCUGGACAAGGCUCCCGUGUUCCUGUCUUCAUUGGAUCAGAAGGGGAUUGUGAACACAGCUCGGAGGGACUGGAAGAGCGACCUGAGCCUGGAGCGUGUGAGCGCACUGGAAUUCCUGCUGCGGGUACACGGCUCUCAGGACCAGGACUUUGGCAACUACUACUGCACCGUGACUCCUUGGGUGAAGGCCCCCACAGGCUCCUGGCAAAAGGAGGCAGAGAUUCACUCCAAGCCUGUCUUUAUAACUGUGAAGAUGGAUGUUUUGAACGCCUUCAAGUACCCGCUGUUGAUCGGUGUGGGCCUGUCCACCAUCAUCGGCCUCCUGUCCUGCCUCAUCGGGUACUGCAGCUCCCACUGGUGCUGCAAGAAAGCGGUACAGGAGACCAGGCGUGAACGCCGCCGGCUCAUGUCCAUGGAGAUGGACUAGGCCGAGCUGCUUGGGCGGCGAGGACAGAGGGACAGUCUAGGAGCGAUGAGGGCAAGAAGAGGAUGGUGACCCUUCAGCAGGGCACACACGUGACACUAAACUCCAGUCCUCUCUAAUCUCAGGUGGGACGUGGCGCUCUCUCUGUUCUGCAUGGCAAGUCCCGAGCGUGGACCUGUUUACCAGCACACGGCUCUUCCUCCCACGGCACUUUCCCUUAUGGCCACCGUGCACGAGUGCGGGGUCUCCCGGCUGCGGCUUUUUAAUGGUUCACCUUGGUCUAAUUUUUUUCUCCUACUGGUUUCUAGAUCCUCUGACUUGUAGUGUGCUUCUGUCUUUUAUUCUGAGGGGUUGCGGGGAGGAAGUGUUGAUGAUGCUCAGAGUUCUUUGUCUUGGGGGACAAUGUCCGAGCUCAGGGGAGGUGAGACCUCCGCCCAGGCCUGAGGCAGCACAGACCUGUGCCAUGGCCAGCGCCUGGCUUCCAUGACCCUGCCCCACCCCCUGUCUUCAGGGGCUUAGAUGACAUUUGAAAUCUCUACUUGCAGCAUAUAACUUCUUAUCGAGCCCAACUGCUUUUUUUUGCUUCCCCCCCCCCCGACUUUACCACCUUUCCUGUAUUUGCUUUGUGUGCGAGUGCUGGAAUGAUGGCCCUGGAAUCUAGAAUUUGGCUCUCCACCAAGCACCUUAUCUUUGCCACCUUAGCCUUAAGAAUGAAGAUGAAGAAAAAUACACAGCCACCUCUGUCCAGGGCGGUGAGAAGGUCUGCAGAGGCAGAGGAGGUUGGGGACAAGGAAAGGAAGAGCUGCUCCCAUAGUUCCCAGGCUCCUGUGCCCCAGGGGUCUAGGGGGGUGGACCGGGGAGCAGGAGAAGGAUCCGAGAAAUAGAUUUCUGCAGCUCACGCCAGGACUGUGUCAGGCGAAGAUGUCACCUCCACUCCACUCUUCUGCCUGUCACAGGAGAAAAGUCUUUGGCCACUGUGUGACUGCCGGGCAAGAGAGCAGGGCAUAGGCACCCUGUGUCCUUCAUGGGCUGCUUGGGUUCCUUAACAUGAAGGCAAAUUGCUGCUUGUACAACUGUGACUGACUUCACAGCAUCAGAAAUUGCCAAGAAGAGCCGUGCAUUUGCUGUGACCUUUCCAGUCCUUCAAGUCUUGUUCAGCUCCCCUGCAGGGGAGGUAGUGAUAAAAGGUGUGUGUUGCAGUGUGUUUGCUUUCCCAUUAGGAGCACGGAGGAAACCUAGCAAUUUCUUGCCAUGUGAGCAGCCUACAGAGUAGAGCAGGGAGCGGUCUGUCUUGCUCAAUUGCACUACCAGGAGGAGGACAGUGGACCCAGAGAGACCCGCUCCCAGGGGACUCCUCUCCCCCUGCGGAGCAGCACCUGACUUUUGGAAGCACCCAGCAGGGGGUUCAGAGGCUCCCAGGUGACUCUACACGGCAGCCCUCUGUGCUUUCAUCCUGGCUCUGAAGAAUCCAACAGGGCUUUGUCCAGUGAAAAGAGAGGGAAAAAAAAAAGAUGUGUUUGUUUUGAGCAAUAAAGUGAUACAAAAUGAUGGCCACCCAUGGUGCAACUCUGUCACAACAGGGCCAGAUGAGCCAUCCUGGCUCUAAAUCUGCCCCUCUGCUUGCCUCACCCUUCUGCCAACAGUUAGCUCUACACCGAUCCCUGAAGCUCCCCGGGCAAGCAGAGCUCCACCAGCUCUCCCCUUUUUCUGUCUAGCCCUCGAGGAAACCACUCAUAUGUUUCUUAGGAACUAGAUAUGGUGCUGACUAUAAUGGCACAGGCUUCUGCAGGCUCAAUGUGUGUGAGGUAAAGAUGGGCAUUUGGCAUCCUCCAUGAGGUAUACAUGACUAGAGAAAGCAGCCUUGAGGGUACUGGACUGGGGUCUUUCCACAUUCAUUUCCUAUCUGCUUUUUCUAAAGAGGCAGGUUACAGACACUUGUACAAAUGGAAAUGAAUGGGAAAUCACCUAGAAACAGAUGCUGUGCUAGGAAUGGCCCUUUGAAACUUUGUAGGUGUUAAGCUGAGUAAGAGAAGUUGCAGGAUGAUUAUAACGCAGGUCCUUGUUGAACACAAGGGGGCUCUGCAGUGGGUGUCCCCAAGUGUGUGUAAAACUACAGAUGAAUCACAACAGACCCUGUGGUGACAACUGGCUCACCCUCUGUGACUUAUCAUUUUAUACUGCUGCGGCAGCUGUUGAGAGAUUAAACCCAGCCCCACCCUCUGUCAUUGAGCUGGCCAAAUUCGGGCCACCCAAGGACUGACACAAAGAGGACAGGAGUCUCCCAGAGCACUAAGCUGAGGACUUCAUUCCUUCCAGGGAUGUAGGUGGGCCUGGAACGUGUGUCCUUUUGAAAGUAUGAGGUGCACUCUUUUCUUGUACCAAAUAGCCUCCCCACAAAGUGCUCUUUGGGAAGAGGCUCUUGCCAGGGUGCACUCUUGUGAACGAGAGAAAAACCGAGCCAUGAUUCAAUGAAUGAAAUUGCACUCUUCUGAGCAAAACAAAACAAAACAAAAUAGAAAAAAGAAACUUGAUUAAAAGUUUGGGCUCCCCCCCAACUCAUAAAAAUGUCUUCAGAAAAGAGCCUGAGUGACAUUCAGAUAGAAAUCUCAAAAUUACUUUUAAAACUGUUUACGUUUGUGAUGUUUACAUACACUUUUCACUUUUUAAGAAAAAUACCAACUCUUGACUUUUUAACAACUUUUCAGACCCCCCCCCCCCAUGGGACAGUGGGACUCUGACUCACCAACUGGAUUUAAAUCUUGAUUUAGAAAUCUAUUUAUUUGUGUGCUAACACUCCCCACUCUGCUCCCCGCACCACCCCCUCACCCCCCAAUGUGGGUUUCCCUCAGACACUAGUCCAGGAGGUCCCUCCUGCCCAGACCCUUGUCUCUCUCCCAGGUGGCUCUUGCUUCUUGCUUUGCAGCCAUGAUUUUUUUCACUGACAUCUGUGAGCCAAAGACUGAGCCUUUUUGGCAGGAAUAAUAAGCAAUACUAUACAACUUGCUACUUUCAAAAAACUUUUUUUUUUAAGCUUCACCGAUGACAACAGAGGAAGAAGAGAACCGGGAUUUGGCUAAGUUCUCCUCCACUGUUUGACCAAAUUCUCAGUGAUAAAUAUUGUGCGCAGGUCACUAGGAGAAAAAAGUUAACUUCCUUUCUUUCUUAGCGUGGCACAUACAGGAUCUGUCAGAUUUUCCGUAGACAAAGAAAGGGUCUUGUGUAUUUUUUGUCUAUAUCCGAUGUUAUAUGAACUAAUUGUAUUGUUUUAUACUGUGACCACGAAUAUUAUGCAAUGCACCAUUUUUUUUAUUUCAUUAAAGGAAGUUUAAUUUAAAUUGAAGUUGUAUGAAGCACUUGA